UAUUCCUACUGGUUCAUGUUGAAACUGACGUCAUAUUUUGACCAAUCAAAUCACACGUUUGAUCCCCGCCAUCUUGAAGCUCCGAAAGACAAUAUUGGCAAUUUUUCAGGUCAUCUGAAGGAAAUGGAGAAUCCUAGUGAGAACAACGUGAAUAACCCAGAAGCUGGUGAUACAGUCUUAGACAUGGAUCCAGGACCGCAAGGAGAUGGACAGGACCUAGAAGGUGUGGAGGUCAUAGACACCUCCACCGCUCAGAAGAUUAACACACCGGAAAAUAUAGCACUCUCAGAGUUGAAAUCCCAGGUCAUGCAGUCGAUGCAGAACCCUAAAGCCUUGGCAGCACUUCAAGGUCACUUUGAUAGUCUAGUCGGUAUGAGAAGCGGAUAUAUUGAAAGCCUUCCCAAAGUAGUCAAGAGGAGAAUAAAAGCUCUGAAGAACAUCCAAGUCCAACACACGCAGUACGAGGUUAAAUUCUACGAAGAGGUUCAUGCCCUAGAAUGUAAAUACGCCAAGUUAUACGACAGCCUGUAUGAUAAGAGACGAGAUGUAGUCACAGGGACGGUGGAGCCGACGGAUUCGGACUGCGAAUGGGAAAGCAGCGAUGAUGAAGAAGAAGAGGAGGAGGAAAUGGAGGGAGGGAAGAAAGAGGUUAAUGCAUUAGCGGGUGAUCUUAAAGAAAAGGCAAAACUAACAGAAGGAGAGGAAGAAGAGGAAGAAUCACCGUCGGGCAUUCCUGGUUUCUGGUUGACUAUCUUUAAGAAUGUUGAUAUCCUUGGGGAGAUGGUGCAAGAUCACGAUGAACCUAUCCUAAAUCACUUAAAUGAUAUCAGAGUCAAAUUCCACGAAGGAAAACAAAUGGGCUUCACGUUAGAAUUUGUGUUCGCUGCCAAUGAUUAUUUCACAAACACCGUCCUAACAAAGAGUUAUCAAAUGAAAUCAGAACCUGAUGAAGGAGAUCCAUUUAGCUUUGAAGGGCCAGAAAUCGUCGGUUCACAGGGAUGUGAGAUUGACUGGAAGAAGAAUAAGAACGUCACAGUGAAAGUUAUUAAGAAGAAACAGAAACACAAGGGACGAGGAACAACUCGUCUCGUAACCAAGACAGUUCAGACCGACUCGUUCUUUAAUUUCUUCAAUCCACCCAAAGCAACAGAAGAAGAAGUCGACGAAGAGACUGAAGCAUUAUUAAGCGCAGAUUUUGAGAUUGGUCAUCUGAUACGAGAAAGGAUUAUUCCUAGAGCAGUCCUUUACUUCACAGGAGAGGCAAUAGAAGAUGAUGAGUUUGAGGAAGAACAGGAUGAUGACGACCCAGAAGGGGAAGAAGGUGAUGAGGAAGACGACAACGAUCCCGACUAUGAACCAGGAAAGGACGGUCAGAAGCCAGCUGAGUGUAACCAGCAGUAGACUUAUCCCAUCAUAUCCUUGUCUUACCCAUAAUGCCUUGGGAAUGUACAAGGUGGCGAAACAACCUCACCUUGUGGGACUACCUUAUUUGGAGCAAAGCGAGUCCUUUAUUCUCUAGACUGAAAAAUAGAAGCGAGAGAAUCCACCGCGGCGGCUACGAAUUUCCUACUAAAUUCUUUUGACCGGCAAUCAUUGGAUCAUCCUGCCCAUCCCUUCCUUGAGCCGCACGUUUACCUUACGAUUAUCGUUCCGAGCCUUGGACCUGCAGGCUUUCUCCGCACCGAUGCACAUCCACCAUUAACUCUCAAUUUCGAAAGGAAUUGUGAGCAGUAGAGCUUUACAAGUCGGAAGACCUCGAUGCAAUUACAUUCAAGAGCAACUUUAAUCCAGUAUCGCAUUUGACAAGUGCAUAAGUUGGAGCACGGUCAAAUUUACGCUUUGAGAAUUCAAUCGUUACGUACUGAAAACAAGGUCUACUUGUAGAUGUGACGUUGGCCAGAAUCCCGUCUACCCAAAAUUGUGUUUUCACGCUUUUUCCCUAUAAGAUUGUUUCAAAAUGUUAAAAUAGUGUGUGUUCUGCUGCCACUAGUAUUUAAAACACAAAAGAGUCAUAAGAAAGUAAAGUUUGAAACAAAUUUGCCUUUGAAUUGGAGAGAUCCAUGAAGAGAGACCUUCAAUUUUGUAUUGCUGAUUAUUUUUUAAAAAAUACUAAUUUGUGUUUUUGCUACUACCAUAACUUUGACAUACGUACCAUCAUUUCGAAUGGUUUUAAUCAUUUUUUUUUACUAUUUGGGAUAUUCUGGAAUAAAAUGCAAUUUCUUAUUCAGAACUAUUCUGAAUGAUUUUAAAGUUCCUUUUUUUGGUAGUUUUCUUUUUCAAGCAGCUGUAUAUUCCAUAAUUAUCUUUCAAAGUGAGACCAAUUAGAUACAUAUUUCAGUUUAUUGUAAAAACUUCCUUGUCUGAACAAUCCGGAGAAUGGGUUGGUUGUUAACCUAUUUUCCACUGAAUUGAAUAAGAAAAUUGUUAUAUAAAGAAUGCAUGUGGCAUGUACCAUCAAUAACUAGAUAAUAUCACUUUGAUAAUUGAUGAGAUUGAAUUUUGAAAACCUCUCAUAUUUUGAAUAAAUGUGGCUUUCUACUGCUCUGUAGGAAAAAUUAUUUGUUUAUGGCUGCUCCCAAAAUUAUAGUAAAUUAUUUCAUUAAAAGAAAAAACGGGUCCCAACUUGAAAAACACUAGCUCAAAUUUGCUCAGAAGUGGAUCGUUUAGUGCAUGUAUAUCACAGCCUUGUGUGUAUCCAUGUGUGUAGGUUACAAUACAUUCUAUUUAUAUUUUCAAAGCCUUUUUUUUUCAUUUUUUUUCAAACGUCCAAAUAUGAUUUGAAAUGUUUUAGUUCCAAGUUAUUGUAGGACUUUGUCACCCACUGGGUGUUAGAAUCUUGUCGCUCAAAAUUUAGAAGAAGAAAAAUUGACACCAACUGAGAAGAAGUUGAUUUUAGAAAGACAGCUGUGAUUGCAACCUCAUACUCUAUGAAAAUAGUCACGUGAUUUCUGUCGAGAAUUUUUUAGGCAAACGAAGGUUGCUGUUAACGUCAUAAUCAUAAAAUUAAGCCUUUUCUGAGCUGUUUUCAAUUUUUUAUUCAUUUUGGGAUACAAGGGCUUUACACCCCAAUGACAAUAUUAUUUCUUGUGUGAAUAGGGUACUCAAUGAACUUUGACCCCGGAACAGGUCAUAUGUGUUGACUGCUUCUUGUGGUAAAGAGAUGUUUCAUAGCCAAUGAAUUGGAUAUGUGUGAAUGGUACUACGGAUUGACUUUGUGACGUUACAAUAAUUGUUUUUCUACUGUAAAUUUCUGACAAAAUACUGACUAGAUAUAUUCUAAAAAGAAGAAAUGGUGACUCUAUUGCCGUAUAAACGCAUUGCAUGAUGGAGCAAAAUAGCGAAAAAAAUAUGAAUGUUUUCACUUUGAAUGUUGAUGGUAUUUUGUGUAAAUUGUUUGUGAAUAUUCAUAUUGUAAAGCCAAGCUUGAAACUUGGAUAAAAAAUAUUCUAACAAAGUGUUCAUAAUUCUAGACGUUUACAGAUUUUGAUGUCUCUUUCACAAAAGAUGAUGUAUUUAAUACUUGAGAGGGGAUGAAUUGUUGUAAAAUGGUGAUAUGGUGGAUCCUGAUUGGCUGAAAUUGAUCAGGUGACCAGUCAUUAAUUUUUGCUAAUGACUUGUUCGAUUGACCGGUCAUACUUUUGAGAUGAGGACGGUUUAUCAAAAAACAAGGAUCUGCAUCACUAUCUUAUAAAACAAAUAAUGCACAUGUUUUGAGAUGGGGAUGUUUUAUCAAAUAACAAGGAUCUGCAUCACUAUCUUAUAAAACAAAUAAUGCACAUCAUUUUACUUGGGAAUUGAAAUAAUUACACACUAGUUACUUUUGGAAUAGUUCAAACACAAAAAAAUGUUCCAAAAGUGACUUGGGUGUAUAAUUAUUACUAUGCCCUUCUGGAUGUGUAUCAUUUACUAUUCACCUCUCCAGUAUGUUGUAGAAGUACAGUUGACUUGACAAUUUUUGACAAAAUGAAAGGAUAAAUAUGAAUUGAAUUUAUAAAGAUGUAUUUGAUAUUUCCAAUCAGACUGGCAUAUUUCACACACAUUGAAAAAAAAAUCAGACAAAAAAAAAUAUUAAAAAGUAUGUUACAAGCUGUUACUGUA